CUGAUUACAAUUUCCGGCGACCCCUGGGCUCCACGCUCAGCACCCUUCUGGAGGAGGAGUCCAGGGCGUACGGAGGCGGAACUUGGGCCUCGCCCCUUCCCCACGUCGUGCGUACCGUGACUGGCAGCGUCUCUCUAGUGCUGCAGAGACUAUAGCUUUCAAGCUUUGGGACUUGUUCACUUCGCGGGCCUAGAUUCCCGCUUUCUGCAGGGAUGCCGAAGAUCAAGUCAGGGGCGAGCGGCUGCCGCAAGCGACAGGAACAGCGCCGGGAGCUAAAAAGCGCCGGAGGUGUGGACAGCCGGGAGGAAACAGGGUUCCGGUCCAGUCUUCCUGCGGGACCAUUCCUGGCGCGGACCGAGGCCCAAACCCGGGUAGAUGGCCCGCCGCCACCUGCGCUCCUGAAAGCGCGGAUGUCGGAGGUUCCUGGAGCGCCGGCCCCAGAGCCCAGCGCGUCGCCUCAAACAAGGCCCGCGGGGGGAUGGACUUAAAGCAGUGUGGACUCAUGUUCAACACGGGGAUUGGGCAACACAUUUUGAAAAAUCCUCUCAUUGUUAACAGCAUUAUCGAUAAGGCUGCCCUAAGACCAACGGAUGUGGUGCUGGAAGUUGGACCUGGAACUGGCAACAUGACUGUAAAGUUGUUAGAAAAGGCAAAAAAGGUAAUUGCCUGUGAACUUGACACAAGGCUAGUAGCAGAACUGCACAAAAGAGUUCAGGGCACACCUCUGGCCAGCAAACUUCAAGUUAUGGUGGGUGAUGUGUUGAAAACAGACUUGCCAUUCUUUGAUACUUGUGUGGCAAAUUUGCCUUAUCAGAUCUCUUCUCCUUUUGUCUUCAAGCUUUUGCUGCACCGACCUUUUUUCAGAUGUGCUAUACUUAUGUUUCAAAGAGAAUUUGCCCUCCGACUGGUUGCAAAACCUGGAGAUAAGUUAUACUGCAGACUCUCAAUUAAUACACAGCUAUUAGCACGUGUGGACCAUCUAAUGAAAGUUGGAAAGAAUAACUUCAGACCACCACCCAAGGUAGAAUCCAGUGUUGUAAGGAUAGAACCCAAGAAUCCACCACCACCUAUCAAUUUUCAGGAAUGGGAUGGCCUAGUAAGGAUCACUUUUGUAAGGAAAAACAAGACACUAUCUGCUGCAUUUAAAUCAAGUGCAGUACAACAGCUGUUAGAAAAAAACUACAGAAUUCACUGUUCACUCCAUAAUAUUAUAAUACCAGAAGAUUUCAGCAUAGCAGAUAAAAUACAGCAAAUCCUAACCAGCACAGGUUUUAGUGACAAACGGGCCCGUUCCAUGGACAUAGAUGACUUUAUCAGAUUGCUACAUGGAUUCAAUGCAGAAGGUAUCCAUUUUUCCUAGCUAUUUGGAAAAUAAUUUUGUCAAGGUCAAGAAAAAAUUAAUUCUAGAUUUCUAAUAUUUGAGAAGACAAAUUCUGCUUUUGCUCAACUGGAACAUUAUUUGCUUGACUAUUUUUUGUACUGUUAUUUUGUAUUUUUAAGGCAGUAACAAGUCUUGUUUGUUUUGAAUAUACUCCAUGUGGCAGGGUUCAAUCUAUACACAGUAAUCUUCAAGUUCAAGAGCCGCAGAUACGCACAACCUUAAACUUACCAUUUCUAGCAGUUUAUCUUACAUCUCUUUACCAUGUUCUAUACUGUAAAGACCUUUUUAGGCCAUCAGCUCUGUUCCUCAAGUUUAAGUGUGUUAAAUUAGUCACAUAUUACCUAUCCAUUUCUUAUUCACAUGUACAAUAAAAUAUUUGUUUCUUAAAA